UGUGACCAACAGAGAAAGCAGAGCCAUUGCAAGAAAAUGACCAUGCCCUCACACAAAGCAGCACACUGCAUCCCGCCUCACACCCUGACCCGGCUGGCACGAGAAUGGCUGGCAGAGGACACACCGAACUUUGACCCAGCGGGAGCUUGUGUGGGGUCACAGGAGGUGGAGGCCAGGCUGCUGUGUAAGACCCCGAACAGCGUCCUGGCAGGGAGCCCCUUCUUCACAGCAGUGUUCACGGAGGUCGGCUGCACCGUGGACUGGGUUUACCAGGAGGGAGAGGAUAUUGGUGCCAUCACGCUGACAGCCGUUGUGAAAGGCCCAGCCAGGUGCCUCCUCUUGGGGGAGCGGUCUGCUCUGAACUGCCUGGCCCGGGCCUCUGGGAUCGCCACACGCUGCUCUCAGCUCCAGGCAGCAGCAGCAGCAGAGAGAGGCUGGCAUGGAGAAGUGGCUGGCACACGCAAGACCACCCCGGGCUUCCGUCUGGUGGAAAAGUACGCCAUGCUGGUUGGCAGUGUGUCCAUGCACAGACAGGACCUGAGUGGAAUGGUGAUGCUGAAGGACAACCAUGUGUUGGCAUCAGGAAGUAUCACACAGGCUGUGAGAGAGGCCCGCUCAGUGUGUGGCUUCAGCUCUAAGGUGGAGGUGGAGUGCCAAUCGGCAGACGAGGGCCGAGAGGCGGCCGCAGCAGGAGCAGACAUUGUGAUGCUGGACAACUUUCAACCUCAGGAGCUCCAUGUUGCAGCUCAUGUUCUGAAGGAGGAGUUCCCAGCCCUGCUGAUCGAGGCGAGUGGAGGAGUGACUCCAGAGAACUUAGCUAUGUAUUUCUCCCCACAUGUGGACAUCAUUUCUCUGGGCUGCAUAACACAGGGCUGCCCAGUUGUGGAUUUUUCUCUCAAGGUUCAAAAGCCUGCUACACCCCAAGCCUUCUAGAAAGAUAAACACAACAAGUGUACAAACAGUCCCACGAUGAUUCAAUUAGAAAAUGUGAGUGGGAACUUUUUUAACAUGUUCAUUUAUUUCCUUUCACACCUGCAAUAUCAGUGGUUUACUGUUGCUGAAACUUUAGAACUGACAUCCUGUUUGCUCACUGUGUACUAGAUAAGCAUCAAAUCUUCUUUGCAGCACGAUGACUAGGUUUUGUCAAACUUGAAAAGCUAAAAAAUGGAAAAAUGCAUUCCGAUAAAGGAGCAUGUUUGUUUUAUUGAUGAGCAGAGACAUAUAAAAGGGUAUUUAAGGUCAAUUGAUCUGUAUUAUUAUAAUUUACCUAUAAUAUGGAAACAGAAAAUGCUACAGCAACUUUUCUCUUGUAGAAUAAAUAAUGCCCUCAUUGUUAUUUUCCUGAUUUUGUUACAGAGGUAAAAAAAAAACACAUUACAUUUAUUUAAAAAAGGUGAGGCUUAUAUAUGUUUUAAAACAAGUUAUUUCGUUAUCAACUGAUUACAUGUUGCCAAUGAUCCACUGAAAUAAAUAGUAUUUUGUAAUAUUUGUAAUAUUAGUUACUAAGGUUUCAAAGUAAAAACAAAAAAGAGGACUUAUAAACAGGAUAAGAACUAACUGAUUAAAUAGUGCAGAGGCAAAUCUGAUUGAAAGAGUAUUUCUUUCUUAUUCUUAAACUGGCGCAUUGCUUAGUCUUACCAUUCAAAUGAACCAUUCCUAUUUUACAAAAUGUUUGAGAUUUUCAAGAAUCAGAGCACACUGUUCUCGCAGCUUUCUCCAAAACGUAUUGAGCCAGAUGUGUUUACUCAAG